UAGCACCACUAGCGAUUAUUGCAAUCAGAGCCGUUUCUGCUUCUGCCACUUCUCUCCUUUCUGUGCUCUGCAGUGCAUUGCAUUGCGAAGGCAAAGGGUAAAAAUGGCCGAACCAGACCUGUACAACAUCUUAGGCGUCAAAAAAAAUGCCAACGAUUCGGAAAUCAAAAAGGCCUAUCGGAAGCUGGCGAUGGAAUUCCAUCCAGACAAGAACCCUGAAGCUGGUGAUCACUUCAAGGAAAUUUCAUACGCUUAUGAAAUCCUGUCCGACAAGCAAAAACGCGAAGUCUAUGACAAGUAUGGACUGAAGGGCAUCCAAGAAGGGGCCCACGAACAUGGCGGCAUGGGCCCCGACGACAUUUUUUCACAGAUUUUUGGCGGAGGACUCUUUGGCAUGCCUGGCAUGGGAGGCAUGAGAGGAGGGCGACGCAGAGCUCGCGGUGAAGACACAGUUCAUCCACUCAAAGUGUCCUUAGAAGAUCUUUAUAAUGGAAAGACUUCAAAACUACAGAUCCACAAGAGCGUCAUAUGCAAAUCCUGUGAUGGGAGGGGAGGAACAGGCCAAGUGCAGUCUUGCCGGGGAUGUCGUGGAUGCGGGCGAAAGGUUUCCUUCCGUCAGCUGGGCCCAGGCAUGACUCAGCAGAUACAGAGCAUUUGUCCUGACUGCAGUGGAGAGGGCGAGGUCAUGGCCGAGAAAGACAGGUGUCAGGUGUGCCGAGGCAAGAAGAUCAUCAAGGAGUCAAAGGUUAUCGAAGCGCACGUUGACAAGGGAAUGCGUGAUGGUCAGAAAAUCACUCUGAGAGGCGAAGGCGACCAGAUGCCAGGCAUUGAGCCAGGGGAUGUCAUUAUCCUGCUGCAGACCAAACCCCACGACAAGUUCCAACGAUCUGGCGAUGAUCUGGUCAUGACCCACACCAUCUCCAUUACUGAAGCUCUCUGCGGAUUUGUUCUCGUAGUUAAGCAUCUUGACGGCAGGGAAUUGCUUGUCAGACACCCGGCAGGAGAAGUUAUCAAACCAGGUGACUUGAAGGGCAUCAAAGAAGAAGGCAUGCCGCAGUACAAAAACCCGUUUGAAAAGGGAAACUUGUACAUUAAGUUUGACGUCACAUUCCCUAGCAAUAACUUUGCUGACGAAGAUAAACUUAAGUUGCUAGAGACCUUGUUACCGGAAAGACCUCCAGAGGUAAUUCCAUCUGGCGAAGCUGAGGAAGUGGUAUUGAUGGACUACGAUCCAUUUGAAAAGUCUGAGCGCGGCAAUCGCAGCACUGAGGCUUACGAUGACGAUGACGACGAAGGUCACGCUGGGCCAGGGGGCAUCCAAUGCGCACAUCAGUAGCCCUAUUUCAUUCUGUCCCAACCGGGGAGAGAGAGACACACACACACACAUACACGCAGAUGCACUUCAAGGACACUUAAAUCGACACAAUUUCUUAUUGUGUGGCUUUCAGGCUCUCAUAUUCUUAUUGAGUCUUCAUUUCGGGUUUGCUCAAUGUUGGCAACCAUAGAUUUAGGAAAACAUCUAAUACAUUUAGUUUGGCUUUGCGCAACAUGGUAUAUUAUUUUUUCAAAAUUGAACUGUAAAGGUGAUUUUUUAUGCAUUAGUUAAAUUUUCUGUGGUACACGAUUAAUCAAAUUUGUUGUAAACUGUGAGGAAAGGGCAAAAAUUCAAAACAGAAAAGUCCCUUAUUGAUCAGGCAGAGUCUUUCAACCAAAUCACAAUUCUUAAAUAAUUUAACUGGCAUUCAUAAUUUUACAAAAUCUAUUCCCACUAUUGAGUCUAAAGAUCACAAUUUGGAUGUAUUUUUAUUGAAGAUUUCGCUGCAACAAACCAUUUUCAAGUCUUAAAAAAUCAGACAGGUUAUUUAUGAUUUAUAUUAUCUUUUGUGGUCAACUGUAUUGGAAUGAAACAAGCAAAAAAAAAUUAUUGACUUAGAACAACUGCUGCGAAAGCUAAACCAAACGUAUUAUAGACCGCCAACAUGUGCUCAAACCAAUAAAUUUGAGCUCUUAACCUCUUAUAUUACCUAGGCCAGAGAUUGUUUGUUUAUUUCAUAGCCUUUGUGUCAGUGAUUUCAAACCGGUAACAAAAAGAAUUCAAUUAAAACUGAAUCCUUGUCGUAAUAAAAUACUGAAGUAAA